GGAGUUGCUUCAUAUGAAGGCCCUUACUAUGAAAUUAAGGCCCAAGUAUUUAGUAGCCCAGGUAGAAAGAGAAUUCUACAGCCGAAGCGCAGCUUCAUCGGCCGUUCGACGUUCCCUCUUUCUUCGACAGCUUCUCUUGCUAAUCGCCGUCACUUAACUCGAAAAGCAAAGAUGAGACCUCCUCUAACUGGUGGACGUGGUGGCGGUGGGUUCAGUGGUGGACGUGGUGGCGGUGGAUACAGUGGCGGACGUGGUGGCGGUGGGUACAGUGGUGGAAGAGGUGGAGACCGCGGUGGACGCAGAGGAGGGAGAGGUGGAGACCGUGGUGGACGCAGCAGAGGUGGUAGAACCGGCAGAGGAGGUCCACCAGGUCGUGGAGGAAUGAAGGGAGGUAGCAAAGUGAUUGUGGAGCCACACAGACACGGAGGAGUGUUCAUUGCAAAGGGUAAAGAAGAUGCUCUUGUCACUAGGAACUUGGUUCCUGGUGAGGCUGUUUACAACGAGAAGAGAAUCUCUGUUCAGAAUGAAGAUGGAACUAAGGUUGAAUACAGAGUCUGGAAUCCUUUCCGUUCUAAGUUGGCAGCUGCUAUUCUCGGUGGUGUUGACAACAUUUGGAUUAAACCUGGUGCUAAAGUUCUAUACCUCGGUGCUGCUUCCGGAACCACAGUCUCUCACGUGUCUGAUCUUGUUGGACCUGCUAGGAUCUUGGCUCUGAAUGCAUCAUUCUUCCUCAAAACAGGAGGCCACUUUGUGAUCUCAAUCAAGGCAAACUGUAUUGACUCAACGGUUCCAGCAGAAGCUGUGUUCCAGAGCGAAGUGAAGAAGCUGCAACUGGAGCAGUUCAAGCCAGCAGAGCAAGUGACGCUCGAGCCAUUUGAGCGUGAUCAUGCCUGUGUCGUUGGUACCUACCGUGCGCCUAAGAAGGCCAAGGCGGCUACUGCUGCUUAGAACUUUAGAAAUUCAUUAAGUGUUUGGAUUUUGCUUUUUCUCUUGGUUCUCCUUAGAACCUUUAAGGGUUUAGUGGUUUUUCCGAGUAUGAUUUUGUAAUCAUUUUGAACCUUGAUAGGCUUAUUUUGUUCACCAGACUUUCCAACGUUUAAGUUAACUUAUUUAACCAGAUUUUGCUAUUUGAGAGUCUUAAGAUUUGUAUUAAAAAAACACAUGGCAUGUGAAUUUAUCCUCGUGGUGUUGAUGUCAUUGGUAAGAACUCGAGAAUCCACA